AUGGAGCAGGGUCUCGCCGGCAGCCCCGGCCCAGCUCCGGACACGCUGGUCUUUGUGUCCACCCUCGACGGGAACCUGCACGCCAAGCUGCCUUUCACCAUCCCAGAACUGGUGCACUCCUCUCCCUGCCGGAGCUCCGAUGGGAUUAUUUACACGGGGAAGAAGGAGGACACGUGGUUUGUCGUGGAUCCAGCCUCUGGGGAGAAGCGGACGAUGCUGUCCACCGAAGCCUGGGAGGGACUCUGCCCCACGACCCCGUUGCUCUACAUUGGGCGCACCCAGUACAUCAUCACCAUGUACGACACCAAAUCUCGGGAGCUGCACUGGAACGCCACCUACCUGGACUAUUCGGCUCCCAUCCAGGACCGGGACAGCGGCUACCACCUAGCCCACCUGGCUUCCAGCGGAGAUGGGCUCCUAGUGACGGUGAGCCAGGAAAGCGGAGAGGUGCUCUGGAUGCAGGACUACGGGGCCCCCGUGGUCGGGGUGUACACGUGGCACCAGGACAGCUUGCGGCGGGCCCCUCACCUCAACAUCGCGCCAGAGAGCCUGCGCUACCUCCUCCUGCGCUCCCAGGACAUGCGCUUCCCCAGCUGGGACUCCCAGCCCUCCAAGGACUUCAUGGUCAAGACUCAGCUGCUGCCAACCCUCUAUGUGGGCAAAUACGCCGCAGGGUUCUAUGCUGUGACUUCGCUGGUGCAUGAGGGUGUGGCGCUCGUGCCUCAGGGAGUCACUCUGGCCCGGACCAACGGCCCCACCACAGAGGACGUGACCCUCCGGACAUCUGGCGAGUGUGAGAUCACGCCCAGCACGGAUGUACGGUACCCUCACGGCAGCAUCAUGCCCGCCCAUAGCCAGUGGCUGCUGAUUGGGCACCACGAGCUGCCCCCCCUUGUCCACACGACGAUGCUGAGAGCUUUUCCUGAGCCCCAGAGGAGGAGGAGUGCGGAGAGCCCCCUCCCCCACAACCCUCUUUUCGAGGAGCUCUUGUCCCGCGGCAAACUGGGGGGCCACCCGGAGGAGAGCCAGUACAGGGCGCCUCCCCGCUUGGUGACGGACACACUGCCGGUGGGGGAGGCUUACCAGGACCCAGGCGGCUGGGAGCUGCUGGCUGCUGGCCUCGCCACAGUCUUUUGGGGCGGAGGACUCCUUUUCUUGGUGCUCUGGCAUCAGAACCGAAAGCAGCAGCAGUACCUGGCACAGCAGCUGGAGGAGAAACUGCAGCUCCUGCAGCAGGAAGGGACAGGAGGGGCUUCUCCUGGCCGGGGCACCAGAGAGCCUUCCAACGCCAUUCCUAGGGAGCCACCCGGAGCCACACCGCUGGAUCGGCGCCUGGGGCCUUCCUCUUAUUCUAGAUCACCCAAAGGGGAGCCUGGCCAGGCCCUUCCUAUGCCAAGUGGUACAGACCAAGCCGCAAACACUGACCCAGAGACGACGACGGUGGUGGGGAAGAUCUCUUUCAGCCCCAAAGACGUGCUGGGCCGUGGUGCGGGCGGCACCUUUGUCUUCAGGGGUCACUUUGAGGGGCGUCAGGUGGCCGUGAAGCGCCUCCUGGCUGAGGGCGUCCACCUGGUGGAUCGCGAGGUGCAGCUGCUGCGGGAGUCGGAUGAACACCCUCACGUCCUGCGCUAUUUCUGCACAGAAACCGACCGGCAGUUCCACUACAUCGCCACGGAGCUGUGUUCUGGCACCCUCCAGGAGUAUGUCGAGGGAUCUGCCUCAAGAUGGAAAGGUCUGGAUCCGCUCUCCCUCCUGCGUCAGACCAUGUCGGGACUGGCUCACUUGCACUCCCUCAGCAUAGUUCACCGUGAUCUGAAACCCAGCAACAUCUUGCUCUCAGCCCCCAACCACCGCGGGCAGGUCCGGGCGGUCAUCUCCGACUUUGGCCUCUGCAAGAAGUUACAGAGUGGGCGCCAGAGUUUCAGCCUCCGUUCAGGCAUUCCCGGCACGGAGGGGUGGAUUGCGCCAGAGGUGCUGAGAGAGGACCCCAAGGAGAACCCUACAUGCGCGGUGGACAUCUUCUCGGCUGGCUGCGUCUUCUACUACGUGCUGUCUGGCGGGGAGCAUCCCUUUGGAGACACUUUCCACCGCCAAGCCAAUAUCCUCGCAGGCUCCUACCGGCUGGACCGGCUGCAACAAGAGACACACGGGAACAUCCUUGGGCGGGAGCUGAUAGAAGCCAUGAUCCACAGGGACCCCCAGGGGCGCCCUUCAGCCACGCGUGUCCUCCUGCACCCCUUCUUCUGGAGCCACGAGAAGCAGCUCCAGUUCUUCCUGGAUGUCAGCGACCGCAUUGAAAAGGAGCCGGCGGACGGGCCCCUCGUGCGCGGGCUGGAAGCCGGCGGCUGCGCAGUCGUGAGGGGCGACUGGCGGGGAUGUGUCUCCCUCCCACUGCAGACAGACCUCCGGAGGUUCAGGACCUACAAAGGCAGCUCCGUGCGGGACCUUCUGAGGGCCCUGAGGAAUAAGAAACAUCACUACCACGAGCUGCCCAGCAGCGUCCAGGAGAGCCUCGGCGCCCUUCCGCGGGAGUUUGUCCAGUAUUUCACCCGGCGCUUCCCUCGCCUGCUGCUGCACACCCACCAGGCCCUGCGCCCGUGGGCUGCUGAGAGACCCUUGCAGGCUUAUUACUGCUCGGAGCCAUGAGAAGACCCGGACCAGAUCCAAGCCAGUCUGCCUGUCGCCCAGGCUGGACGUGGGAGAGGGGCCGGAGAAGGACAGGCGCAGGGGCUGCCCCUCCACCCAAGGUGGGCUCCCUCCCUCCUGGCCUCUGUGCGAGGGCACCUUCUCCCGUGGCCAGCCUUUUCCCUCAGGCCAGUGGGAUCCCUCCCCCACUUGGCCCACACACCAGGUCCCUGGCAGGCCAGCAGCCUUGACAGGGGGUGGGUGGGAGGUUUGCUUUCAACAGCCAGGGAGCCCUGCUCCACCCACAACCACCUUUUUCCCCCAAAGGGAGGACAAUUUAUGAGCAAAAGUGCAGCUGAUCCUCCUGGCUCAAGAUCUACUAG